CUUUUUUUUCCUCCCCUCUCCUCUUUUCAUCUUUCACCAAUAAACAUGGCCGACGAUAACAACACUCAACGAUGGCCAAGAAACAAAAACAUACGUCCAUCAAUCGAUAGUACAAACGACAGCAUCCAACGUUCCCCAAGAAGCUCCGGCGGAUUCACAACGGACAAAGACAUAGGCAGCCACAUACCAAAGCGUCAUCAUCAUCAAUCUGUAGACAGUAUCGAUAGUACUUCGAGCUUAUACUCCACCGAGUCUCAAAGACCAAGGCCACCACCAGGGACUUACCAUAUUCAACUCCCUAAAGAGCAAAUCUACCGUGUUCCUCCCCCGGAAAACGCUCGCCUUUACGAGCAUCUAUCUCGUCAGAAACAUAACCGAUCAGGUUGCCGCAGAUGUUGCUGUUACUUCUUGGCCGCGUUACUCGUUCUCCUUGUGCUCGUUGCACUCGUGGUUGGAGUGUUUUUACUAAUUUGCCGACCACAUAAGCCACGGUUCUCCGUGAGUGGAGUCUCCGUCGUUGGAAUCAAUCUGACGUCACCGUCUCCUAUCUCUCCGGUGAUCAAGAUCAAGGUGAGGUGUAACAACGUUAACGGUAAACUAGGUUUGAUCUACGAGAAAGGAAGUGUGGUUGAGAUUUUCCACGAGGGGGUCAAACUAGGUGACGGCGAGUUCACGGCGUUUGAGCAGGCGGCUGAAAAUGUGACGGUGACGGUGGCGAAGUUAAUGGGGUCGAGGAUUCAGUUAACGAGCUCGUUGCGUAAAGAGCUUAAGGAGUCGGAGAAGAGAGGAAAAGUGAUGUUUGAUCUGAGGGUUAAAGCGCCGAUUAGGUUUAGGGUUGGUGUGGUUACGACGUGGACGAUGGGGGUUACCGUGGACUGCAAGGUAACAGUGGACAAGCUAAAGUCAUCGGCUAGUGUGAUAACGGAAGAUUGCGUUACGGAAGACAUAAGACUGGUGUGAGGGAGGUUACACAAAGUUGUUUCAGACUUUGGUUCGG